AUGGCGGCUACUCUUCAAGACGGAGCACGAGAGCCCCUGCUGGCGCCGCCGUCAAUCGGCGGCCCGAAAAUCGAGGUGAGGGGUCUGAGCAAGGUGUCGGACAAGGAGGUGAGGAUUCUGAACAAAGUCAACGCGGACAUCCAGAGGGGAACGAUAAUGGGAGUAAUCGGGCCGAGCGGGAGCGGGAAGUCCACUUUCCUGCGGGCCCUCAACCGCCUGUGGGAACCCCUUUCCGGCACCGUCUUCUUGGACGGCGUCGACAUUUGCGAGCUAGACGUCCUCAAACUCCGCCGCAAAGUCGGCAUGCUCUUCCAGCUUCCUGCCUUGUUUGAAGGAACUGUAGCUGAUAACGUGAGAUAUGGGCCUCAACUGAAAGGGACAAAGCUAACAGAUGCAGAGGUCUACAAAUUACUCUCUCUUGCUGACCUUGAUCCUUCGUUCUACAACAAGUCGGGUGGCGAAUUAUCGGUUGGCCAAGCUCAGAGAGUUGCUCUGGCAAGAACCUUGGCCAAUGAGCCCGAGGUUUUGUUGCUGGACGAGCCGACUAGUGCAUUGGAUCCAAUAUCAACACAGAACAUAGAAGAUGUUCUGGUGAAGCUGAAGAAAGAUAGGGGAAUGACUAUUGUUAUGGUGUCUCAUAGCAUUAAACAGAUACAGAGGAUUGCGGAUUUAGUGUGCCUCCUUGUGGAUGGUGAGAUUGUCGAGAUUUUGGAACCUAAUAAGCUCUCUGAGGCUAAGCAUCCUAUGGCCAAAACUUUUCUUCAGCUCAGCUCUUGA